AUGGUACAAUAUGCACAAAUGAUAAAUACAAGAGAGGCCAUAAGUGAACUUGGUUUGGAAGAAGAAGUCCAUGGGCAACCUAGCGACUCUGGAAUACACUUCCUGGAGUAUGAAUCAAAUUCAAACAGAGGAGGUGAUAUAUUGGUGACCCUUGGAGACCCUUCUUGUGCCAGCCUCACUAGAGGCCAGCAUCAAUCCAAAAAUAUAAGUACCGCAAUCUUUCCCGAGACUGUAGCUAAAGCCUCCAAUAAUAUUAUGCCUUCUGCAGUUGCUAAAGCAUUAGCCCUUUCACUCACUAAAACAUUUGGUAAAUGUUAUUCAAUGGACUCAAAGCAAAUUCCUUUACUAGGUCAAAUCAAAGAUGUGCAGGUUGCUCUGGCGAAAGGUACACCAGAAGAUGUAGUGGAUCUUACUGCAGGCUUGUGGGAAAUGGAAUUUGAUGGUAGCUAUGCAUCAGCUGGAUCUAGUGCUGGAGUGGUUCUCAUUUCCCCACAAGGUGAAAAGAUUCCUUUUUUAUUCAAAUUAGAAUUUAAGAGCACUAAUAACACCGCAGAAUAUGAGGCAUUGUUGUUAGGAAUAGAGCAAGCUAGAAAAAGGGGAAUCAAAUUGUUGAGUGCCAAAGGCGAUUCAGAAUUGAUUGUUAAAUAG